AUGCCGUCAAUCAUCCGGCAAACGGACGGAGCAGAUUGCAGCAUCCCGCUCUUUCUGCGCGAGCUGGACCCCUCGAGCAGUAUCAGAGCCCAAAGCCUCAAGACUUGCCCGACAGCCUCGUCCACGGUCUCGGGGCAGUUUUGCAACGAGGGAGACGGGACAACCCUGCACUCAUCCCUUCGUCCCUCCAUCAGUUUUACAGACACGGUGAAGAGGAAGCUGAACUUGGAGACAGAUCACCAGUACAUAGCAGAGAGCCUGCCGGUGGGCCGGGGCAAGGCCAGGAACCCCGCUAAAGGAGCAAAGUCUCCCGGGGAGAAGUCUCGUUAUGAAACCUCGCUGAACCUCACCACCAAGCGCUUCCUGGAGCUGCUGAGCCAGUCGCCCGAUGGCGUGGUGGACCUCAACUGGGCGGCUGAGGUGCUGAAGGUGCAGAAGAGGCGUAUCUAUGACAUCACCAAUGUCCUGGAGGGCAUCCAGCUCAUCACCAAGAAGUCCAAGAACAACAUCCAGUGGCUGGGCAGCCAGGCUACCGUGGGGGCCCCCGGCCCCCGGCUGCUGGCGAAGGAGCUGCGGGAGCUGCAGGCAGCUGAGCGGCAGCUGGACGACCUCAUCCAGACGUGCACAGUGCAGCUGCGCCUGCUCACCGAGGACCCCGCCAACCAGCACGCAGCCUACGUGACCUGCCAGGAUCUCCGCAGCAUUGUGGACCCCUCGGAGCAAAUGGUGAUGGUUAUCAAAGCCCCCCCAGAACCGCACCGCAGCCUACAGACCCAGUUGCAGGUCUCUUACCCAGCGGAGGCUUUCCAGGUCUCUGUGCGAAGCACUCAGGGCCCCAUCGAUGUCUUCCUCUGCCCCGAGGACAGCUCGGGGGUCUGUAGCCCUGUCAAGAGCCCCUUCAAAGCCCCCGCAGAGGAAUCGUCCCCUGGCCAUUCGCAGCCCAGAGCCUCCCCGCUCCUGCAUCCCACCCAGGAUGUGAACAUGCCGCUGCUGCCUGGAGAGCAAGAGACACUGCUGCCGGAGACGAGUGCGCUGCCCAGCAAGUGCCCGGCAGAGGAGGUGAGCCUCUCGCCGCUGGCCUCCAUGGACGCGCUCCUGGAGCAGAGCAGGGAGGAUUUUUCGGGUUUCUUGGCGGACGAGUUCAUCAACCUGUCGCCACCGCAGGCGCAGGACUACCACUUUGGCCUGGAGGAGGGUGAGGGCAUCAGCGAGCUCUUUGACUGUGACUUUGGGGACUUCACACCCUUGGACUUCUGA